AUGGCGUCGACAACCCCCCACCAGUGCCAGUCCUCCUCCUCUCGGGUGGACCUCGAGACGCUGGGAGCAGAGUGCCUUGCGCUAGCGAAGAAACUCAAACACCACCUGGCGUCCAACGGCCACCCACAGCCCUCGUUCGAAGUCACCGGCCCGAUUGAGUACCCCUCGCUGGACCCCGAGACCGAGGUGACCAGACAGCAGCUCCGCGAGGCUGCCAAGACGCUGCUGGAGUUGGCCUCGGAGCCGGACGACGUCUUGACAGAGGACCUGUUCAACAAGGUUCACGACCUCAACGCCUUCGCCUACGUGUCUCGCUUCCAAAUCGCCCAACACGUCCCUGUCCAUGGCGCCAUCUCCUACCCGGAUCUUGCCUCCAAGACGGGAACCGGCCUCGGCCAGCUCAAGAGGGCCCUGCGUCACCUCAUGACCCUGCACGUCUUCGUCGAGCCCCAGCCCGGCCGCGUCGCGCACACGGCCAGCUCCAGGCGCCUCGUCGACUCCCGGGGCGUCCGCCUCUACAACGAGUUCGUCAGCAGGGACACACUCAGGCUGGCCGCCUUCCAGCUCGACGCCAUCGACCGCUGGGGCCACGACUGCGUCGAGCCCGACAAGGCGGCGCACAACAUCGCCUUUGCCACCGAAAAGCCCCUCUUCGCCUACUUCGCCGAGAACCCGGCCAAGAUGAGCGAAUUUGGAGACCUGAUGGCCUUCAUGGCUACGUCGCGCUUCCAGUCCGGCGAGCACCUCAUCAACGCCUUCCCCUGGGCCUCUCUAGGCCCGGCCAAGAUGGUCGACAUGGGCGGCAACGUCGGCCACUGCAGUGCCCAGGUCGCCGCCGUCGCCGACCAGCGCAUGACCUUCGUCGUCCAGGACCUGCCCGAGGUGGUCGCCCGCGCCCGCGGCCGCGACAAUGACGCUGUCCCCGUGGCACUGAUCGAGAGCGGCCGCCUCGCCUUCAUGGAACACGACCUCUUCGCGCCUCAGCCCGUCACCGAUGCCGACAUCUACCUGUUGCGCAUGAUCCUGCACGAUUGGUCCGACGACAAGUGCGUCGAGAUCCUACGCCACAUAGCCGCGGCUCUAGAGGGCCGCCCCGCCGCCCGGCUUCUCGUCAUGGACACGGUUCUCCCGCCCUCGAGAGAGUGGCCCUCCGUCGUGGAGCGGCCAAUGCGCUCCAUGGACCUGCAGAUGGCGCUGAUGACCAACGCCAAGGAGCGCGACCUGGGCGAGUUCGAGGCUCUGUUCCGGCGGGCUGACGCCCGUUUCUCUAUCUGCAAUGUCGUGAAGCCUGUGGGGAGCCUAAUGUCAUUAUUGGAGGUUGCGCUGAGCCAGAAGGGGGGGGCUGUUAGGUAG